UGAAUAAUAAUUUACAUUUCGAUUGAGCGUUAUGGUUUUCAUUGUUUAUGUAUCACAGGUCAUUUCGUUAGAACAUGUCAUACCGUUCGUUGAUUAAUUUGCGUAAGUCAAGUUUAAAUAUCAAACAAAGCAGUCGUAUAAUGAUUGAAGAUUAUUUGAUACAAGGCGGUCAAGGAAAUAUGUCUUCCAGUACGAUUAUACCGAAACCGAGCUACUAUAAAGGUCCUAAAUAUGAACAGUUACAUUACAAGACGGUGGGAAACUUGAUCGAUGAAGCGGCAGAAAAGUACCCGAACAGAGAAGCUAUAAUGUCUGUACAUCAGAAUCGAAAAGUUACUUUUUCGAAACUUAAACAUGAGGUCGAUGAAUUAGCGGCUGGUCUAUUAGAAAUAGGAAUGAAGCCAGGUGAUCGGUUAUGUUUAAUGGGUUCGAAUUCGAUAGAAUGGGAAAUCACAUUGUUAGCAUCUAUCAAAGCUGGUUUGAUCGCGGUAAAUAUCAACCCGUUGUAUAAGAAAAACGAACUCCACCAUAGCCUUAGUAAAGUCGAUGCGAAAAUGCUGAUUGCUCUUGAAAAUAAUCAAAACCAAGAUUAUUACGGGCUUCUUAAGAGUAUUGUUCCAGAAAUUUCCCAACAACCUUACGGUAAACCGGUCAUCACUAGACAUUUGCCAAAUCUAGAGUUCAUAGUUCUGGAUACCGAAAAAAAUCUACCCGGAAUCAUAAAAUACUGGGACGUAUGUCAGUCGGGAUCGAAAAAGUCAAUAUCAUACUUAAAAAAACUAAAUCAAGAAAUGAGUCCUAAUGCGAUAUGUAACAUACAAUUCACUUCGGGAACUACCGGUGCGCCGAAGGGUGCGUGCUUAACUCAUUAUAACAUCGUUAAUAAUUCGUAUUUUUUCUGCAAACGGUUGAAGUUAAUGGAAAAGGAACACCGAAUUUUGUUGCAAGUUCCAUUUUUUCAUACUUUUGGAACUGUUGUCGGUAUAUUGGUGAGUCUGAACAGUGGAAGCACGCUUGUACUACCAGCUUUAGGUUACAAGCCUAUUGAAUCCGCAAAGGCUGUCUUAUAUGAAAGGUGUACAUUUUUGUACGGAACGCCAACGAUGUACAUAGAUUUGAUUAAUGCUUCUAAAACACUUAUGGAUCAAGGGCAUACAUUUACCACGCCAGAAAUUGCGUUAUGUUCGGGAGCGUUGUGUUCACCAAGUUUAUUAAAACAAGUCAAAAUGACAUUCAACAUCAAAAGGAUUGUGUCGAUCUACGGAAUGACCGAAGCAAGCCCUAUUGCAUUUCUCUCUAAUUCCAAUGAAUCUGAACACAAAUCGUUAACUACUGUUGGUCAAGUACUCGAUCAUACUGAAGUUAAAGUGGUUGACAAAAAUGGGCUCACUGUUCCGAUGGGCGUACCUGGAGAAGUGUGGUUUAAGGGUUACAACGUGAUGCCUGGUUAUUGGAAUGACGAAGAAAUGACGAAGAAAGCGAUCACAGAAGAUGGCUGGUUAAGAUCAGGGGAUAUUUUAAUAUUGAGCGAAGAUGGUUAUGGCAUGGUAACUGGUAGGAUCAAGGACAUAAUUAUUAGGGGUGGAGAAAAUAUUCAACCACAGUCAAUUGAAUAUUUUUUGGAGUCUCAUCCAGAAAUAAUCCAAGCUCAAGUGUUUGGAAUACCAGACGAGCGGCUUGGCGAAGUAGUGUGUGCUGCGAUAAAAAUAACAAAUGAAUCCAAUCUCGACGAUGAAACCGUUAAAAAUUAUUGCAAUGGAAAUAUCGCAAGAUUCAAAGUUCCAAAAUACGUCUUAAUUAUGGAAGACUUUCCAAAAACAACUACUGGAAAAAUUCAAAAAAUAAAACUUCGCGAAAUCAUGCAAGAUCAUUUAAGAAACAUGAAAAACCUCCAGUGAUAAUAUUGAUACGAUAGGUUUUUAAUUCCUAUACAAGUGAAGAAUUGUUUUGUUAUUAUUAUUCAUCGAAAUGCGUAAGGCAAUACUCAAAUGCACUAAAAAUUAUUUUUAAAUUAAAAUGAACGACUUAAGUAAACGGUUGGUUGUAUGAUAAAUAACAGAAUAAACAUAUUGCUAGAGUGUA